AUGAGGAAGACAAUUCUUUUAUGUUUCAUUCACGGCUUCAAGGGAGGCGAUGACACCUUUGGCGAGAAGUCCGAGUUCGCACUGCGCCUCGCCGAUCUCGUCGGCGCCGCCCUACCCCAGGUCGAUGUCCGCGCCGUUACCUACCCGCGGUACGAGACGCGCGGCGACCUUCACGAGUGCGUUGCGCGCUUUCGCGACUGGUUGCUGAAUAAGGUUAUCGAUAUGGAGGUCGCCAACAACGCCCCGAGCCCCACUGUCGAUCCCUCCGUCCACGUCAUCCUCAUCGGCCACUCGAUGGGUGGCAUCGUCGCCGCUGAGACUGCUAUCGCGCUCGCCUCCGAAACCCCAAUCUCCGCUGGUGGCGACGACGCCUCCACCACGGCCGGGCUCGGCUCGACGGCCGACCUCACGAGCCACCUCAUGUUCCCCUACAUCCAGGGUGUCCUCGCCUUCGAUACCCCCUACCUCGGCAUCUCUCCCGGCGUCGUCGCCCACGGCGCCGAGGGCCGCUACCAAACCGCCAACGCUGCCCUCACCCAGCUCAGCGGGCUCUCUAACAUCUUCUGGACCGAGUACAACAAGAGUAGUGGGGCUGCCAGCAACGAUAACGCGAAGCGGCCCGCCGGCGCCCUCCCUCCGCCCCCGGAGCCCGAGAGGAAGAAACAAGACCGCCGUCCGGCCGGCGGCGGCUGGGGCUGGAGCCAGAUCGCGAUGGUGGCCGGGGCGGCAGGCGCGCUGGCGGCGGGCGGCGCGGCCGCCGCGUACAUGAACCGCGACACCAUCGGCGCCGGGUGGGGCUGGGUGAGCUCGCAUCUCGAGUUCGUCGGGUGCCUGGCACGCGGCGAGGAGCUACGCGCGCGGGUGGGCCACAUGGUGCGGCUCGAGCGCGAGCUGGGCGUCGGUUUCGCGAACCUGUAUACGCGCCUCGGCAAGGGCGCUGCGGCGCGGCAGGUCGGCCUUGUCGGGUCCGUCAUAGGCGGCGACCGCACCUUCUGCAAUCUCCCCUCGGCGAAGCACAACGCCGGGCUCUGGCGCGCCGCUGUCAACGAUAAGGCCUGGGACGAGACGGGAGCGCAUAUGGGCAUGUUCGAGCGCAAGGAGAACCCCGGGUACCAUAAGCUGUCCGAGGACGCGAAGGAUCUGAUUGUCAGGUGGGCACGCACCGAUUGGUACCCCUCGAGCAGGCGAGGUAGCAGACAACCAUCCAGCUAG